AUGCCCUUUAGCUUUCCCCCCAGCCCAUCCUCCAGCAACUCCCCUAUCCCCCGAAACUUCAGCCCCCAAAAGAACUUCUCCCGCUGUCUCAUGACCAUAUCCAUUGGCACCGCACUCGCCCCCGUAAUAUUCCAUUCGUCCAUCGCGCAUUCGGAGCUCCAGGGAAUUGUUCGAACAACCGAAGACCUUCUUCUUAUGCGAGCACUCCAAAUUGAAAGACGAGAUGAGGAUAUCGUGGAGGCAGCACACGAUCAGCUCCGAAUGCGCGCUAGGAAUAAGGAAUACUUUGAUUACACCUAUAAUAUUCGGACUAACCCUCUUCAACCUGGAGACCUUGUCUUGCUUCACAAUACCAAGGGAGAAUGGGAUGUGUCUAGGAGCAACACCCUGCGCUUUUGA